UCCGACAGUGAUUGCACAUCGCUUCUAAUCGUUUCGAUCGAAUUUUUUUGUUGUUUGUUCUUUUUUUUUUGAGUGAGACACAAGGAUGCGUCACGCAGUGGUCCUCGUUUUCGUGUGCGGUCUGCUGAUCGCCUUUGCCUCCGCCGGCUUGCUGGGCGGCGGAGGAGGUGGUGGCUACGGCGGUGGUGGCGGCGGCGGUGGCGGUGGUUACGGCGGCUCUGGUGGUGGUGGUGGCGGUCAGGGAGGCUGGCAGAAGAAUGGAGGCGGCGGGCAAGGAGGCUACGGUGGCGGUAGCCAGGGUGGACAUGGAGGCAGUGGCCAAGGAGGCUGGCAAAAGAACGGAGGAGGCGGUCACGGAGGAGGUGGACAAGGAGGAUACGGAGGCGGUGGUCAGGGUGGUCACGGAGGUGGACAAGGAGGCUACGGCGGUGGCCAAGGAGGCCAUGGAGGCCAUGGAGGUGGUAGCAAGUCCUUGGCCGGAAACCGCGGCAGUUCCGUUUCCUGGCAGAGCGGAAAUGGAGGCAACAAGCACGGAGGCGGCGGCGGAGGAGGCGGUGGUGGCCUUUAUGGCGGUGGUGGCGGCGGAGGUGGCAAGCACCACGGCGGUGGUUGGUAAUCACCACGAGCACCACCAAGAGCAGCUAAUCCCACGGCUUGUACCCCCACACCACUUGUGUUCCAUGGCAUAGAGAUAGAGACAACCCCUGGAUCUUCCCUUUUUUCAGUCCAAUGCCCCUUCUAUUUCUGCUGUUACUAUUUUUUGUACUAAUAAAACUAUUUUAUGCAUUUUGUAAA